AUGGCUCCUGAGAAGGAAAGCAAUGGACUGGACAACUAUGCCUUUUCUAUCGAGGGGUCAGAACACUUCUGCGAACUUCCUGAUGGGAAAGAUGGACAGGGACUGGUGCUAUCAGAGGUAGACCGAGGGAACAAACUGGCCUACUGCGUCACAGACGUCCCACCCUGGUACCUGUGCAUUAUCCUGGGCAUUCAGCACUGCCUGACAGCGUUUGGCGGGAUUAUCGCCAUCCCCCUCAUCCUGUCCCAGGGGCUGUGUCUGCAGCAUGACGGCCUGACCCAGAGUCACCUCAUCAGCACCAUCUUUUUCGUCUCGGGGAUGUGCACCCUGCUACAGGUCACCUUUGGGGUCAGAUUGCCCAUUCUUCAGGGGGGGACAUUUACCUUCCUGGCACCUUCUAUGGCUAUGCUGUCCAUGCCUGAGUGGAAGUGCCCGGCCUGGACUCAGAACGCCUCCCUGGUCAACACCUCCUCACCCGUCUUCAUCGAGGUCUGGCAGAGCCGCAUAAGAGAGCUCCAAGGCUCCAUCAUGGUGGCGUCCUGCUUCCAGGUCCUGGUGGGGUUCUCUGGCCUCAUUGGUCUGUUCAUGAAGUUCAUCGGCCCCCUGACCAUUGCGCCAACCAUCUCCCUGAUCGGCCUGUCCCUCUUUGACUCGGCUGGCAUGAACGCAGGGAACCACUGGGGCAUUGCGACCAUGACCACAGUCCUGAUUGUUGCCUUCUCCCAGUACCUCCGCCACAUCGCCGUCCCCGUCCCCUCCUACAGCAAGGCCAAGAAGUUCCACACCAACAGGAUGUACAUAUUUCAGAUUCUUCCUGUGCUCCUUGGCAUAACUCUAUCCUGGCUCAUCUGCUACCUCCUGACCAUCUAUGAUGUCCUGCCCUCAGACCCACAGCGGUAUGGCUACCUGGCUCGCACAGACCUGAAGGGGGACGUCAUGGGCCAGGCCCCCUGGUUCAGGUUCCCUUACCCAGGUCAGUGGGGCGUUCCAACUGUCAGCUUGGCGGGGGUGUUUGGGAUCCUGGCCGGUGUGAUCUCCUCCAUGGUGGAGUCCGUGGGUGACUACCAUGCCUGUGCAAGGCUGUCGGGGGCACCUCCGCCACCCAAGCACGCCAUCAACCGCGGCGUGGGCAUCGAGGGGAUUGGCUGCCUGCUGGCUGGGGCGUGGGGCACGGGAAACGGGACCACCUCCUACAGCGAGAAUGUGGGAGCCCUAGGGAUCACAAGGGUUGGCAGUCGAAUGGUGAUUGUGGCCAGUGGCUUCCUGAUGGUUGUCAUGGGCAUAUUCGGGAAAAUAGGAGCCAUUUUCACCACUAUACCUACACCCGUCAUCGGAGGAAUGUUCCUGGUCAUGUUUGGGGUCAUAUCCGCUGCUGGAGUCUCAAAUCUGCAGUAUGCAGACAUGAACUCGUCAAGGAACAUCUUCAUUUUUGGAUUCUCCAUGUUCUCCGGGCUGGUCAUUCCCAACUGGAUCAUCAAGAACCCAGGGUCCAUAGCAACAGGUGUGAUUGAGCUGGACCAGGUGCUCCUGGUGCUCCUGACCACAAGCAUGUUCGUGGGAGGUUUCUUCGGGUUCAUCCUUGACAACACCAUCCCAGGUUCCAAAACUGAGCGGGGCAUUGUGGCGUGGAAUGAGGCCCACCAUGAGGACUCGGGAGACACCCUGGAGAGCGACGAGGUGUACGACCUGCCCUUUGGCAUUGCUUCCCGCCUCUCCUCUUCCUCCUGGGUGAAGUACGUGCCGUUCUGCCCCACGGUCAGAGCCUCGUCGCGGCAGCGGCCCCCGGCGGCGCCGGCCUCAGCGAAGUCCAAGGACGAGGAGGCGAAGCCCGACCCUACACAGAUCACCAUGGGAGUGGCGCUAUGAGCACUGAGCUUCCCCUGUGUGGUGCGGCCUGACCUAAGGACUAGGCAGCUGUCGGUGACUUUCCCAAACUUCCCGUCCUGGUUUUCAAAAACAUG